UCAGCCCUUCCCUGUGUCAUCACAAAAGACCAUCACUAGAGUGUCGGCCCUACAAUGUCCACUUUUAUCCAGAUCUGCAGCCUGCCCACCUGGCCCUCCAAGCAGCCUCUGUCCAGAGAGAUGAGCCCUCCUCACAAGCCUCCUCCCGCUCCCACCCCCACCCCCGGAGGCCAGAGAGCCCAGCAUGGGGGCCAGUGGGACUGAAGUCACACACAAACACUGCCCUGAGUGGGCCCCGGGUGGGCAGCAGAGGCCAGUCUGAGCAUUCCGUUCACGUCCUGCCCUCCACCCCCUGCUCCUAGACUAUGAACUUCCAGGUGACAGGCCUGGGCCUGGACAAAAUGAAGCUGGACAGUCCCCAGUCCUUCCUGGACCAGGAGGAGGUAGAGGAGGCCGAGGAUGGGCAGCUGCUGGAGCCCGAGGCUUGGCGAACCUAUGUGGAGCGCCGCAACACUCUGCAAGAGUUCCUGACCUCAGACCUGAGCCCCCACUUGCUCAAGCGCCACCACGCCCGCAUGGAGCUCCUGAAGAAGUGCUCCUACUACAUUGAGAUCCUCCCCAAGCACCUGGCUCUGGGCGACCAGAACCCACUGGUGCUGCCCACCACCAUGUUCCAGCUCAUUGACCCAUGGAAGUUCCAGCGCAUGAAGAAGGUGGGCGCUGCCCAGACCAAGAUCCAGCUCCUGCUGCUUGGGGACCUGCUGGAGCAGCUGGACCAUGGCCGCUCCGAGCUGGAUGCCCUGCUCGAGUCGCCAGACCCUCGGCCCUUCCUGGCAGGGUGGGGGCUCGUGGAGCAGCGCCUGGCGGACCUGUCGGCUGUCAUGGACAGCUUCCUGGCCAUGAUGGUGCCGGGGCGCCUACACGUCAAGCACCGCCUAGUGUCUGACAUUGGCGCCACCAAGAUUCCCCACAUCCGGCUCAUGCUGAGCACCAAGAUGCCCGUCAUGUUUGACCGCAAGGAGUCGGUGGCCCACCAGGACUGGGUCAGCCUGCGCUGGUUUGUCACCAUCCAGCAGGCUGUGCCAGAGCAGUUUGAGCUGCGCUACAAGCUGCUGGACCCACGGACACAGCAGGAGUGCAUGCAGUGUGGCAUUAUCCCCGUGGCCGCCUGCGCCUUUGACAUCCGAAACCUGUUGCCCAACCGUGCCUACAAGUUCACUGUCAAGAGGGCGGAGAGCUACACGCUGGUGUAUGAGCCCUGGAGGGACAGCCUCACCCUGCACACCCGACCAGGGACCCCUGAAGGGCCCGCCCCCAGUAGGCUGGGCAAGCUGGGCUCGUCCCUGAUCGCACCUUCCGAGAGAUGAUUUUCUAGUAUUUAUCCACUAAUAAAGAGGAGUAUAAACACACAUACACAAUUA